AAACAUGCGGAUAUAGCGCUAUGUAAAAUGGCGGCGUGAGAGAGUCUGGUUCAAAACACAGCGGUUUUUCCUGUGAAGGAGGUUUCUGAGACGUUCCACGUUACCUGGAGUUUUUAGACAAUUGGUCAGAGGCCGAGGUUGGAAUUCGCGUUCCUUAAAAGGCAGGUGGGAUGGCGAAGAGGAUCGCAGAUAAAGAGCUAACGGACAGGAACUGGGAUCAGGAAGAUGAGGGAGAGGAGGCGGGAACAUUCUCAAUUGCAAGUGAUGAUGUGCUGAAGAACCGAUCUAUUAAAAGGGCCAAACGCCGAAACAUUGGAUCAGAGGGUGAAAGUCCAGGUGCUUUCAAAGGUUUUAAAGGGUUUUCUUUGACCACAACCGCAGCGAGUGGAGGCACAACAGCGUUUUCUGGUUUCGGGAAUGGUGGUGGCUUUAAAGGCCUCGGAGGUCUGACCAAUGGAACCAGCAUCACGUCUUCAUUUGGAGGUUUCUCAUCUUCUGCAACAUCCUCUGCCUCACCAGGUCUAACAUUCAAUGGCCCCACCUCCACCAAACCCUCCACUGACAUCACCACAAAGCAGACCAAUGGCUCCACCCCGAGCCCAACUCAAAGCUCCAGCUCCUGCAGCAGCAGCAGCAGCAGUGUCAGCAACAAGGAGUACAGUCGGCAGCUCACCGCUCUCAACUGCUCCGUGCGUGACUGGAUCACCAAACAUGUGAACGACAACCCUCUGUGUGAUCUCAACCCCAUCUUUAGGGAUUAUGAGCGACACCUGGCUAGCAUCGAGCGACAGUAUGGAGCUGGGGUUGCUGCUCCAGCUGACGGAGGCUCGGAGAAGAACAAACAGGGAGCCAUUCCAAGCACGACCACCCCUCCUCCUCCAGCUCCAUCAUCUUCCUCCUCCAGCAGCAGCGCAGUGGCUUCAGCUCCAGCUGCAGCUUUGUUCUCCUUUGGUAAAAAUACAUCAGAAGAUUCGACACGGGACACAAGUGCUGCUGCUGCUACUGCUCCAAUCCCGGCUGGCGUCACAUUUAACUUCGGUCAGAAGGUGGACAGCUCCGCUCUCGGUUCCUUAGGGUCCAAAUCACCACCUAGCUUCUCAUUCUCCUCCUCCAGCAAGACCUCUUGGUUCGGGGCUCCAGGCUCUUCUGCACCGCCGUCCUUCAGUGGAACAAAAGCUGAGGAGCCUAAACCUGCAGAUGAAAACGGAGAAGAUGAUUCGGAGGAGCCGCCCAAACCGGAGGUGAAAGAGGUUCAAGAGGAAGACGCUUUCUACUCAAAGAAGUGUAAAAUGUUCUACAAGAAGGACACUGAGUUCAAAGAGAAAGGAGUGGGAACGCUGCACCUGAAGAAAACCACAGAUGGAAAGGUUCAGAUGAUCAUUCGAGCAGACACCAACCUGGGAAACAUCCUGCUGAACAUCAUGGUGCAGUCGUCCAUGCCCUGCUCCCGCGUCGGGAAGAACAACGUGAUGGUGGUCUGUGUCCCCAACCCGCCGGUUGAUCACAAAAGCCCCAGCAGCCCCGUCCCCCUGCUCAUUCGGGUCAAAACCGGAGAAGAUGCAGAUGAGCUCCACAAGACGCUGGAGGAGAAGAAGUGCUGAGCUUCGAGCCGACUCCACAUGUUCCUCGGCCCAUUUUUUUUAUAUAUAUAUAUAUAUAUAUAUAUAUAUAUAUAUAUAUAUAUAUAUAUAUAUAUACACACACACACACACUUAUACCCAACGUGUCAUCACGAUAAAUUGGUCGUCAUACUGUGAAAUAUCAAAGGGUAAUAUCAGAAGCAGGUUGUCGGCUACAUUCCCUCUGGUUCGCGCUGCUGUGAUCAGGCUGUUUAGGUUUUACUGUUUUAAUUCGGUUGUCGGGUGACUGUGACUUCAGACGAAUCCGUUUGACGUUUGUUUGGAGGGAAGUUCCAAAUAAAGAUCCAGUCGAUUUGGUUUUACAAAUUAAAUAGUCGCAGUAACAGGUAAUUUGACGAGCGUGUUAAGGGUCGAGUGUUUGUUGUUCUUGCUCUGGAAACUAUUUAUUGUGUUGGCAGGUUUUCUACUCGCUGAUUGAACCUCGUGUGAAUGUUUCCCCUGAAGAGCGUCUGACACAGACCAGUUAUUUUAGUUCUUCUGUAAACACGGACUCUGUUUUUCAAGUGUCCUUUGUGUGGCCUUCGGUUCAGCCUCUCACUGAGGCGCUGUCAUCGUCUGAGAACAUUUGUAAAGACAUUUACUGGGGAAUAAAGGAAACAAAGGAUGGCGA